AUGGCGUCUUGCUUGUCUGGUGGUCACUAUGUACCUGGAACCCAGGAGUAUAUGCCGGUUGCUGAGUUUUACGCUGAAAAGUCGGUUUUUGUCACAGGCGGUACAGGAUUUAUGGGCAAGGUAUUGGUUGAAAAGCUGUUGCGAAGUUGUCCAAAAAUUAAGAAGAUCUACCUGUUGAUGCGGCCGAAACGGGGUCAGGAUGUCGCCUCCCGGCUCACCGAGCUCACACAGUCACCGUUAUUCGAAACUCUUCGGAGAGAGAGUCCUCAAGCGCUGAACAAGAUAAUACCCAUAGUCGGCGAUAUCACCGAGCCGGAGUUGGGGAUCAGUGCCGCAGAUCAAACCAUGCUUUGUCAGAAGGUAUCAGUGGUAUUCCACUCAGCGGCAACGGUGAAGUUUGACGAGAAAUUGAAAUUAUCUGUCACCAUCAACAUGUUGGGAACGCAGCAAUUGGUGCAGCUCUGCCAUCGUAUGCUUAAUCUUGAGGCACUGGUCCACGUUUCAACGGCGUACUGUAAUUGCGAGAGAGAACGCGUCGAGGAGACUGUGUAUGCGCCGCCGGCUCACCCAGAACACGUGGUGACGUUGGUGCAGACUCUGCCAGACGAUCUGGUUGACAGAAUUACGCCAGAUUUAGUCGGUGACCGGCCUAACACUUACACGUUUACAAAAGCACUUGCUGAAGACAUGCUUAUAAAGGAAAGUGGGAAUCUUCCUGUCUCUAUCGUACGACCUUCAAUCGUGCUCUCAUCUCUCCGAGAGCCAGUUAAAGGUUGGGUGGACAACUGGAAUGGGCCCAACGGUAUCAUUGCAGCGGUUGGUAAGGGUAUCUUCCGCACCAUGCUGGGAACCGGCACGAAGGUUGCAGAUCUAGUGCCAGUCGAUACAGUCAUCAAUCUAAUGAUUGUUUGCGCGUGGAGAACGCAUUUAAGACGAGGUGAAGGUGUCGUGGUAUAUAACUGCUGUACCGGCCAACAGAACCCCAUCACGUGGUCGCGUUUCGUUAAGACCAGCUUUAAAUACAUGCGGAAACAUCCUUUCAGUGAGGUGGUGUGGUAUCCUGGCGGGGACAUCACCAGCAACAGGUUGAAGCACGGCACCCUGUCGCUGCUGCAGCACCGCGCCCCCGCACUCGCCAUGGACCUCGUCUCCAGCGCCACCGGAAAGAAACCCAUGAUGGUCCGCGUCCAAAACAAAUUGGAGAAGGCAGCGGCUUGCCUGGAGUACUUCACGACACGUCAGUGGGCCUUCGCCGAUGAUAACGUACAGGCACUUUGUACUUCGCUUUCACCAGAAGACCGCAGGACGUUCGACUUUAAUGUGCGGAACAUCGACUGGGACGCCUAUAUCGAGUCGUACGUGCUCGGCAUCAGAAGGUUCCUAUUCAAAGAGAGCCCCGACACGCUACCCAAGUCCCGGUCUGUGCUCAACAGAUUACACAUAGUCCACAUUUUAACUCAAGUGGCGACUGUGUUCUUCCUAUGGAGAUUUCUAUUUUCCCGCUCGAAUACGCUACGCAACAUUUGGCGGCGUGUGCUAGAGCUUUUAACGAGGGCAGCCCGACUUUUAGCCAUAGCCUGA